CAGUACGGCUAUCAGCAUGAAACUCGAUCCUGAGAAAUUACCGCAGAAAUCCCGGUGCUUGUUUGAGUCCGUUGCCGUGUCCUUCUCAAUCAUCAUCCUCGUCGUCAAGUGGCUCGAGCUCACAAAAUUUCCAUUGUGCGCCGCCGUCCACCUCAACAUCUCCAGGGACAUAGAACGUCGAUACUGUUUUAAAGUGGACUGCACCAGGACGGUUUCCAGAUAAUUCUACUGGAUCGCACUCGUUUUUAAAGUUUCUCUUUAACCGAGCAACGCAACACAUUACCGUUACCAGCAGUCCGCAAAAACAGGAAUCGUCGGCUCUCGAUGCCCAGUUUAUUCUCGCGGACCCGCACUACUUCGACAACAGGCAAGAAGCACCCGAGUGGCAAUCAAGACCUACCUUAUGAUGAGUUUGGGCGCGUAAAUAGUAGAAAUUCCGCCAAAGAUGUCACUAGCAGCAAGCGUACUCCUCCCAGUACGCUUAUGAAACAGAAACAACGAAACCGAACCCUCAGCACUCCUGAGACAGAACCAUUCGCUCACAUUCCUGAUGGGUCCUUUCUCCCUUUGAAUUUGGAACCCAAAGAUAUUGACCACGAGCAGCAAGCGCAUGACUACGGAUACUUGUCUUAUCAGCGGCACGUUGUACUGGGUCUUGAUGAAGUCGUACGCCUCGUGGACGUUGUGGCCAGCGAGUUAGGCACCAGAGCACUGACCACUCCAUUUAUUUUUUCGACUCUGGCACUUGAUGUCUCGGCAAGUUCUGUUAGGGGGCUUAUCAGAGCAUUUCUGGAAACAUGUACGGGCGGAAUCGAUGCGGAACACCGUUGGAGAGAGGAGGCCAGACUUGCAGGUCCGCACGAGCUUGGCAUGUGUAUACGAUGGGGACUUGCCAGAGUUGUCAGAGUUGUUGGUGGACAGGCGGUGAGAGGCCUCAUUGCUUGGGACCAUUAUACAGAGUUCCGAGACUCUGAAGCAAUACAGAACUAUCCUCCGAAACACUUCUCUGCCUUCCUUCCACCUCUUCCCUCGACUCUGCGCUCGAUUCUGCUCACUCUGUUAAGCCUGCUUAUUCGGUUCACAGCGCACAGCACCAGCUCUGGACACACACCUCCAACUAUCUCCCCCUUAUUCGGACCCUUGCUAUUCGGCCUCGGUCCCGCCACUCUUGCAUUCCACCACACCUAUAUCCACUACCUCCGCGCCGUUAAUGCCACCGAACAUCUCCUUCUCUCCUUUAUCCGUUGGCAAUCUACAUCUGACCUCGGUGUUCCUACCCGGCUCAAAGAAUGGAUCCGCUCAUAUCCCUCCACCCUCCCCGCCUUGCACCACUCAGCCAAGCAUGAACGCCCACAAGCACGCAGGGGUGCACGUACGGUGCGUGUCGUAAGCGUAAGGCGUAAUGUACGGAUGUAUAGCCCGGACUUAGUAAACACGGCUGCAAGCUGGGCACAUCGGCCACAUGGGCAUGGCCUAGCGGGAUCAAAGGAGUGGGAAAGGAUUGCCCCGCCUUCACUCAAGCUGUCCCCGAGAUACUCAGAAGCAUACAAGAAGCGUAUGGACCUACCGUCACAUGUACACCCGUACACUGGUCCCAGCAUUGCUCCGGCAUCUGCGACCAGCAGCACGUCGUCUUCUCUAUCUGAUGACAGGGAUGCUGUGACGGGCCUGGGACUACGGGAGGGCGAAGAGAGGUUUAGGAGCCUUACAGAUUUGAAGUGGGGUGAGUUUGAGAUGAUGGGAUUCGGGGCGAUCGCUACGGAUGAGAAGAAAUUGCAGUUUGAUCUGACGGAAAGCGCGCGCACGGCCCGUGCUGCGAAACGUGCUACUCUCACGUGGACCGACUUCUCUACAACUGGUUUUACACGCACAGAUGCACCUUUAAGUGCUACCCUCCAAUUUAGCACGCCUCUCACUCACACAAUCUCUGCGUGGCCCUCGCACAAUGCCGACCUUACCAAAAAGCUCAAGAAGACCGCCAGGACCUUGCCUGAUUUUGGUUGGGAUACAGAACCUGUCCUCGGCACGGAAGAAGUGGUAGAAGAGGCGUUUGUGGACGUAUUUUGCGAUUUGGUUUGGGGAGGGGGUUGGCGGGAGGAAAUUGGCGGGAUCUUGAGUGCAGAGGGACCUGCAGCAGAGGUCGAGAGGGAGUGUAACUGGGCAUUGAUUGAAUUCAAGUCUCUUCCGAUAUCUGCAUCCACAUCCUCUCCAUUUCCCACGCCUAGUAGUGGCACUGACCCAAGAACAAGUACAACGCUCGUCUUGUUUGAGGAGUUUGUGCCCUUGGAGUACCGCCAGCAGCUUGCCAAGGACAGUGGCGGGAAGCGAAGAAUGCCGUUUCUGUUCAUGUCCCCUAACAGCAAGUCUCGCCCAUGGAAACCCGCUGCUACACUCAAUGGACGUCCUUACGUUGUCGGGCACGUCCCUAAGAGUCCGUCAUAUCGUGAAGUCGAAUUUGAGGGACUGCUGAGAUCGAACGGGAGUAAGGUUCUUUCACUAGACAAGCCCAGCGGGGGUCCGAUGUUGUCCGGUACAACAGGAGCCCUUUCUCCCAUAACUUCAGACGAACAACCCUCCACCACACACUCAGCUCUUCCCACUCGACCGACUGUGGCUAUCUCUGCACCGCUCUAUACUCGGCUAAAAGACAACGACAAGCCGCCAGCGCUGCCCGCAAAAGACAAGGACAGAGACUCAAAGAUCGAGCGCAGAGCCUCCGACUCGCCCAUUUCCCCGACAUCUGCACGUAAGCUCGCCUCGCGCUUUCGCGUCCACCCCAGUUUUCGCCGCUCAGGGGUCGUCCCUGCUGAAUAUGCAGAGGCCACAGUAGAUUUUGAAACGAGGCUGGCGAGCUACUCAGAUGAUGAACUGAAUAACAUGACAUCUUCAUCUGCAGGAGGGAGAGAGAGGGAUGAGAGAAGGCGCUCAAAGGACGAUGCGUGGGUGGAUAUCCUGGUCGCGACACACAGCCGGCGGAUUGGUGGGCAGGAUGCGGAUAUUCGUCCGUUCAGCGCACGCGGGAAGGGCAUGCAAGACCCGGAGAUUGCGAGCCACGAGGUUGCACAAGUACUCGCAGGCGUGGCUCUAGCGCAGUUACCAUCAAGCGAUGACGAGCCUGAGCCGAUACCCACCGUGGCGCCAAGCAUAACAAGUGAAGAUGUGGAUGUGGAUGUGGACAGUGUAAUGUCGUAUCCAAAGACGACAACCUGCAGUGUGCCGAAACGCUUGGGGUACUUUGAUUUGCAUCCAGAACGCAGGCCUGGACAUUCGCCGCAACCAAUAAGCUUGGGCGAUGACUCAGAUGGAGAUGAUGUACGCUAUGGAAGCCCCGACAGACCCUCGCCGUUGGAGUUUCCCAUGCCUUCAAAUACCGAUAGUGCUUACCCCCAGCCCCUGCGAGGCUCAAUGGACACCGAAGAAAGCGACUAUGCACCCACUUCCACGCACUCCCUCCAGCUCGAUGCGUCAGACUUGAUGUACGAAGACCACCGCGUAGCCAAGGAUAAAGAUAGCAAAUAUUCGGGGACGGGAAUUAUGACUAUGCCGCAGCUUAUAGCUGUGACACCCGUGACGCCGGAGAAGGGAGAAAAGGACAGAGACAAGAGCCGGACGGCUGCGCUGAUUGAAAUGUACCGCGAGCGCGAGAAGAAGUCGUUCACGACUAGUCCCGUGCCGGUACCAAAGCUCCCCGUGCAUUCGACUUUACUGUCUCCUCAGACGAAGGAGUCGCCGUUACCACCCGUGCCUGUGGUUGAGCUGGAGCCUGUUGUAGUGACCCCAGCGGAGGAUGUUAUUGAGGAGCCCACACACACAGAAGGCUCGCAGGGUGAGGAACUUCUACAGCCCCUAGGUUUGUUGUAUAAUGGGAACGGGCGGGAUAGUCCCGCUAGGUAUGUGCAUGGUGCACCGUUACAUAAUGUGAUGGAGGAGGAAGAGGAGGAGUGAGUGAUUGCAGCCC